AUGACGGAGAAGGAGGUGGGACGGAUCUUCGUGGGCGGACUGUCCUGGGACACCACGGAGCGCACGCUGGAGCGAGCUUUCGGCGAGUUCGGCAAGGUCAUCGAGACGCAGGUUGUAACAGAAAGAGACACAGGCCGCUCCCGUGGGUUUGGGUUUGUUACAUUCUCGGAACCUCGGGCUGUGGAUGUUGCGAUCCGGGAAAUGCACAAUGGAGAACUAGAUGGUCGGACCAUUUCUGUGAACAAAGCUCAACCUAGGAUGAACAGUGAUGAUGGUGGCUAUGGAUAUGGGGGUAGUAGUUACUCAUCUGGUGCUAGAGGUGGAUAUCGUGGUGCAGCUGACAUAGUACCCACUGCAAGUGAUGAUUGCUUUAAGUGUGGACGCCCUGGACACUGGGCUCGUGAAUGUCUUUAUUCUGAUGGAGGCAGGCCUGGAAGGUACUCUCCCCCUUCCAGGUAUGGCAAUGGCGCUGGUGGGCGUGGUGACCGCUUUGGAGGAUCAGACCGUUUUGGUAAUCGCUAUGUUGAUGAUCGUUAUGAUGGUGGCCGCUAUGCUGAUGAUCGUUAUGGUGGUGGACGCGAUCGCUAUCCUCCAGCUGCUGAUCGUUUUUCUGGCGAUAGAUAUGGUGGUGGUGAUCGUUAUGCAUCAGGUGGCUUUGCCAGGGAAAGAAGCUAUGAGAGAGAUGGAGGGCGGCCAGGUGGAAGUUAUUACCGUGAUGAACCUAGAGGCACUGGUGCUUAUGGCAGGGGUGGUCCACGUGUGGCGAAUGGUGACAGAUAUGGGAGUGGUGGACCUGCUCGCCUUGGCGCGAGUUACCGAGAUAGGCCUGCUCCCUAUGAUCGUCCCACUCAGGGUGCUCGCUCAUAUGAUGACCGCUACUGA